GGCAGCGUUUGUGAGUUGAACCGACUCAGGCAUCCAUAAUUAUAUGAAAAAAGGGACCAACCCCCCUUUCUGGCUUUAUUCUCUACAACUAUUUGGCAUCGCCUGUAUCUUUGAGACCUUCGUCGGCUAGAGUGUCUCGGUGCGGCGUCAGGCUACCGUCGAAGAUAAAGUGCAAGGAAGCCCUUGCAUAGGUCAUUUCGCUGGUCACUAGCUCAGAUUUCUUCUGGCAAAGUGUGCAGACAACAAAUCAUGGCGCGUCUUCGCGUCCUUAUCGUCGGCGCUGGUAUCGCUGGGAAUGCCCUCGCCUACUGGCUCGCCAAGCAACAUCACACUGUGACAGUCAUCGAACGGCACCACUGUCUUCGCGUUAAUGGCCUGCAACUGGAUCUUCGUGGGCACGGUAUCGAAGUGAUGAGGCUGAUGGGUCUAGAGGAAGCUGUGCGUGCCAAAUGUGUUCCUGAGGAAGGCAUGGGACUCGUGGAUACGACAGGCAAGAAGAGGGCAUUCUUCCCUGCAAAUCGAUCGGGGAAGGGUGCGCAGACGAUUACAAGCGAGUUUGAAAUCAUGAGAGGUGACCUAUGUCAGCUUUUGGCGGAUGCUGCCGAGCUGGAAGGGGCGAAGUACCAGUUUUCGACCGGGAUUGAGGGCUACAUGGAGAAAGGAAGAAACGUGGAGGUUAAGCUGACGGAUGGGUCGAUGCUGGAGGUGGACCUUCUCGUUGGAUGCGAUGGGAGCAGUUCGAAAGUCAGACGAUUGAUGUCCGGAGGCGGGAAUCUUCCACGUGGCGGAGAAGACGCGGCACUCGUCGAACUCCCAGAAAGGAUAGCCUACUUCACGAUGAAGGAACCCAUCCAAGAGGGUGAGAAGUUUGAGGGCUGGGGAUGUGCCUUUCCUGGACCUGGAAAACGGGUAAUCCUGAUCAGACGCCACAAACCAGAUCUCGUCCAAGUGUAUCUGCUUGCGAAUGAGCCACCCGGUUCCAAUGGACCUUUAAGCAAAGUGAAGCGAGGAGAUGUGAAGGCGGAGAAAGCAGUCUUUGUCGAGUUAUUUCGAGAUUGUGGCUGGCGUGCCCCUGAUGCAGUAAAAGCUCUGGAAACUGCAGCGGAAGACUUCUACUGCCAGCACACCGGCGCGGUCAAAUUGAAUAGCUGGUCUCGAGGGCACGUCACACUAGUCGGGGAUGCUGGGUACGCUUGUCCUCCAGACGGAUUCGGCACAUCUAUGGCAAUGGUUGGCGCAUACGUUCUCGGUGGAGAAAUCAACCGUGCAUAUCUCAACAAAGGAGAGAAUGACAACAGUGCAGAACCCGAAAGCAGAAAUAUAGUCUCCGAUGCCCUGAGGGCAUACGAAGAUACCUUCGGUCCAUGCAUGAAGCCAAUAGUUAAGGGAUAUUCAGCUGAGCCUGGAAUUUUUGAAAAAAUUCCCUGGACGCCCUUCACACUUGGCGUGGCCACCAACGCUUUCAGCAUCGCAUCAUAUCUCCGGCUAGAUAAGCUAGCUGUGAAAUUCAUGCCUAAUGAGAAAGGGAACUGGAAAUUGCCUUCCUAUGGUGGAUUGGAAAAGGUCUGAGGACAUAUACACUACUGGCGUUGGAAGAAGAAACUCGCCUCAAUUAAUUUUUGCUUGCUUGUGUUUCGGGAUUGUACAGCAAUACUGGCUUCCUGAGCCAUUGUCAUGGAACACAGGCAUUGGCAGUGUUAUCACCAUGUCCACCAUUGAACAUCGAUCUUAACACGACAAACAACUACACUAAUACCGACGAGACCCAAGCAAUGACUUUGGAUUCCUGAAUGAUGUAUAAUACAGCUCUGACUACAUCUCUA